GAAAGCGGUCUAUUCAAAAAAUUAUACCUUCGUACAUCUGCUGGCGAGGAUAUUGCUAUUUUAUUUAUUUUUUUUGUCUUAGUUAUUGAAAUAUGUCAUAUCCAACUCUAGGUAGCACCAUAGGUGAAUACUCUUCUAUUUCAAGCUUUAAUUCAACAAAAAAUCCGUUUGACAGUGGAGUAGAGAGUAAAUUAAACUUACCAGCUCUUAAUGCCAGUCCAUCAAUGUUUGUUGAAACCAACACACCUGGAAGUCCAAAGAAAAAAGAAUUUCGCUGGUCAAUUGAUCAAAUGUCAAAACUGGAUCCUGCUGACAUUGAUGAAUUUCCUAAUCAAGAUUAUAAUAGUAUGUGUGACAGGUAUUAG